UUACUAGCCAAUGACAGUGAAGCAGUACAGCCUAUUAGCCAAUCAAAGCGAAGCAGUCGGACCUACAGUCCAAUCACAGUUUAAGGGGGCGGGACCUCCCUGAAUACAGGUGUGAAACGGUCUGUUUCCAGUCCCAGUAUAAUGGCUGUGGUGUCUGCGACCUCUAACGGCUCGACUGAAAAGCGGUUAGAAGAAGCAGAAGGAGGGAAAAGUGGAUGGCUGUCCAAGAAAACUCAGUUCACACGUCGUUGGAGGCCGGCUUGGUUUCAGAUACAGGAAUCCAGACUUAUCUACGGAGGAAACGAGCAGACUGCUGCCAAAAUAAUCAGCCUGAUCGGAGCUCAGAUUGAGGCACUGGAGGACAACGGGCGCUUUGGCUGGACAAUAACUCCUAAAAACAGUAGACGGACCUUCUUUCUGCGGGCUGGCUCAGCCGAGGAACAGCAAGAAUGGAUGGUUGCUAUCUGUGAAGCACAGAUGAGCUCUGGGGAGCAUUCAUCAAAUGCAUGUGUAGUUCAAUAACAGGCCUGUAAAACCCAGACUGAACAAUGGUUAGAUUAAUUUACAAUUCAGUUCAUCACAGUCUCUACUUUCACCACUGCAUUUGAUUACUCUUUUACCAUUUAGGAUUGUUUAUAGACAAACAGAUCAAAUGUGAAUCUAAAGAUCUGAAAUAUUUUUUUAUACUGAUUUUUUUUUUCAUUUUAACUUUUACCAUAUCUGUGUAGAUAAUGAUUUUGUACAUGUAUAGACAGUUAAUUUUUUAAUACAGUUCACCAUGAUUAAACUUGGUUAUUCCUUGAAGGAUCUGCAGAUCUGCCGUGAGUCAUUGAUAAAUAACAUGAUUGAUUAAUUCUCAAAUGUUCACUCUGUGUAAAGGAGGGUCAAAAUUGGGAUAUCUAUACAGGGUAAUAAAUGUACAGGGUAAUAAUGUACAGUAGGGGUUGCAUAGACUAGACGACUAAUUGACUAGGACAUCCACUAGUCACUGCAGUACAAAGCAACAGUAGCAAAGAUGCAGGCAGAUGGUAAAGAAAGCAGUUCUUCUGUGAAUCACAGUACAAUAAAAAAUGUAAAGCACAAUCAGCUCAAAAUUAAGCAUCAGUUGCUAAUUGCUAACACCUGUGGUAGUAAGACUGGUCACCAGGAAGUCAGCAUCAAAGAAUUUAUAAAACAUCCACUCACGGACAAAAGAUGCUUAUUAGCUUUAUUGUUAAAGAUUAAACCAUGUUUUGUUGUUUGUGCAGCACUUAAAAGAAACAAAAAUAAUCUCCUAAUUUCUUUUUUGCUUUAGCUAUAAACAUUUCGUAUAUAAGUUUAUUAAGCAACUUUACAGAGUUUUUAUUGAUUUUCUAAUUUGUAAAAUUAUACAACUAAAUAAAAAUUAUGUCCUAAAAUAAAAAGGUUUGUUUCCUGUA